GUUCCCACAAACUCAAAAGAAGAACCCCACCUCCCAACCCAAAAAAAAGGCUUUCAUUUACUUCUUCUCUUUCUUCCCAGUUCCCACUUCUGAAAUUCUUAACCAACUUUUGAAAUUUCCCCGUCAAAAACAGAACAAUUCAUCGAAAUAACUAAAUAAAGAAAAAAAAUGGAAAAUCCAAGUCCUAGUCCAAAUCCAAGUUCAACCCCUCCAACCGCCGCCAACCACCAGCACCAGCACCAGCACCAGCACCAGCACACCAAUUCCUCCUCCACCGCCACGCCCAGAAAAAACUUCAAGAGUGACAGUCACAAGAGCACUAGAUCAACAUCAAUGUCGGAUACCGAAUCUCAAGUCGACUCGUUCCACUCCCCACUCCGAUCAAUCUCGCCACUCCACUCCGACGACCCUGUUUUCAAAUCCCCUUCCGAUUCUAAAGCAAUUGUUUCGGUUGAUAAGUACUUCUCCCCUCUCCGGUCACCGAAAAAGCCAUGGUCGGAGAAUUCGAGUUUUCCGGCGACUCCCUUGACGGCGGACGGAGGAGGGAAGGACGGGACUGGGAAUCCGUCGCAGGGGAUGAUGAUGUUUAACCGGUCGGUGAGAGAUGGAGUGCAGCCGGGAGUGGAGAAGUUGGAGAUGGGGCUCGGUCGGAGAGGCGAACGUGAUGAGGUCGGCGGAGAGCGUCCGUCCAGGGCGGCGGUUGAUUCGAUUUUGCGGAGGUCGAAUAGGGAUGUGAUGGUGAAGAAAUCGGCGUUAGGGUUUAGGAUUUGUGAGGUGAUUUUGUGCUUGAUUGCUUUUUCAGUUAUGGCUGCUGAUAAAACUCAGGGUUGGAGUGGUGAUUCUUUUGAUCGCUAUAAAGAAUAUAGGUACUUGGUUGGGGUAAAUGUGAUUGGAUUUGUAUAUUCCGGGUUCCAAGCUUGUUGUUUGGCUUAUUAUUUGGCUACUGGAAAUCAUGUCAUUUCAAGCCCACUGCGUUACUUCUUUGAUUUCUUCAUGGAUCAGGAUUUUAUCCAUUUCACUCGCAGAUACUUGCAUAUCUUAUAAUGUCAGCAUCAUCCUCAUCAGCAACCAGGGUGGAUGACUGGGUGUCAAAUUGGGGUAAAGAUGAGUUCACAGAGAUGGCUGCUGCAUCUAUUAGCAUAUCCUUCCUGGCAUUUUUUGCAUUUGCCUUCAACUCUCUCAUAUGUGGUUACAGUUUAUGCAACCGUGACUCCAGUUGAUCUUCAUAUCGAUUGGUACUUUCCUUUCCUGCAAAUAACUCUGAAGCUGUACAGCCCUAGUGGUAUAAUCAAGAUUAAAUUUUCCUUCUUGCUGUAGAUAAAAGGAAUUUGUAAAAAUAGAUGUUAGGUGAAAUGGAUUUCGACUCUAUUCAACAAAGAUGCCUAAUUACACCUCGCAUGCUUGGGGUAUGUAUUUAUUUUUCAAUGUUUUCCCAAUCUAGGAUACUGAUAUAGCCAGGUAUCUUUUUGAUGUCUAUGGGCAUGAGCAUUUUGCUCAAGUGACAGAGGAAUUCAUGUUUGCUUCUUGCAAGUUUAGGAUUUGUUCAGGAAUAUCCGCUCCCAAAACCAAAUUGCUUGAUAUUUGAAAGAGCUGGAAAUUUUCCAUGUAGAACAGAA